AUGAAAUUUAAAACACCUCCACUGAACGUUCACUUUCAAAAAAUAAUUGUUUGGUUCCAAGUCACACAGAAAGUCGUUUUUAAUACUUUAAAAAGAACGACCACGACACCUCAUGCAGAAAUAAUGUCAAAAAACAGUGAAAUAAACACAUCACAAGAAACAAAUGAUGAAAAAAUUGAAAAAGUCGAACUUUCUCAACACGAAAUGACAACAAAAAAUUCAAAGAAAAUUAAAAAAACGAACCAACCAGAUAUAUUCAAAGCUUAUGAAAAAUCACUGAUGUUGAAUAAUUCAAAUUUCAUUUUUAAGAACAUCAAGUUGACUCGCUCCGAUCGCGUCGAUUUUUUUGGCGUCGACCCGACGAGGGUAUUUGUUCCUCUAUACACUCAACGCAUCGCAGAAAACUGUUUUGACCACCAAAACUUUUUGAAAGAAAUAACAUUGCCAAACACAUUGACUUCAUUGGGUAAAAAGUGUUUCACAAAAUGCGUGUCUUUAACUUUAAUCACACUUCCCUGUUCAUUAAAAACACUUGGAAAGUAUUGUUUUAAAAAUUGUAUAAAAAUCACUUCUUUGGACAUUCCCAACUUCAUUCAAGAACUCCCAAAAUUUUGUUUUUCAAAAUGUUUUUCUCUUCGGCACUUGAAAAUUUCAGAAAACAUCAAAAUUGUUGGAGAAAGUUGCUUUGAAAAUUCGACUGCGUUUUCUUCGUUCAAUUUCCCAUCAAAACUUGAGUUUUUGGGUAAAAACUGUUUCUUCAAUUGUCGGAGUGUCAAGCAAUUGAGUCUGCCAGAAAGUCUACUUUUCAUUGGGAAGGGGUGCUUCGAGAGUUGUUCUUCGCUUUGUGAAAUAUCAAUCAAAGGAAAUAUUAAAGAACUUCCCGAAAAGUGUUUUGCAGAUUGUUAUUCUCUGAGUAAAGUUGAAUUACAAGAAGGUUUGAAGGUCAUUGGCAAUUUUUGUUUUUUAAGAUGUGGUUCUCUGAAAAGUAUAAAAAUUCCGUUUGGUGUGAGUUCUCUUGGAAAUUUAUGUUUUGGGGAGUGUGGUACUUUGUGCCAAGUCGAUGUGCCUAAAGGUGUUAAGUACAUUGGAGAGGGCUGUUUCUCAAGUUGUCCAUCACUAUUAGAAAUAAAAAUACCAAAAACGGCAAAAUUGAAAAAAGAAAAAUGCUUUAACGAAAAUGUCGUUAUUACUCUAUUUUAA